UCACUCCGAUGGUAUUUUUCGAAUACUGUUUCUGCUCUCCACUGUCUUUUUUCUCUUGAGGUAAGCAAGGCAGGCACAUCUGCCAAGGAUAACUGAGAACGCAAGGGCAGUCCUUGCCUGGGCAGCUUGUGCAUGCUGUGUGCUAAAUGCAACUCCGAAGCACGCCCUAUAAAUAGCCGUUCAUUGUCAGCGCGUGAGGAAAGACAAGAGAGUGUGCCGUGCUGCGAUUCAGGCCUGAUUAAGCGGUGGCGCCUGGGGAGGGCUGUAAAGGAGUCGCAGCUCCUCCUGGUCGCCCAGCCAGCAGGCGACCGACUGCCACGGGUGGACGGGGGAGCCUGUCCAAUGCUGCUUCUGCCUCCACGAUGGCGAACAUCAUCUUGAGGCACAUCAUAGAGACGCCAGUGCGUUACCAGGAGGAGUUUGAGGCGCGGGGUCUGGAAGACUGCAGGCUGGAUCACGCUCUGUACGCCCUGCCCGGGCCGGCCGUCCCCGACCUGAGUAAAGCCAGGACGGCGCAGCCUCCCGCGGCGGCUGCACAGGUGCUGCCCCAGGAAGACACAGCCCGCUUCCAGAUCCUGCUGGAUGUGGUCCAGUUCCUCCCCGAAGACAUCAUCAUUCAGACCUUCGAGGGCUGGCUGCUGAUCAAGGCGCAACACGGCACGCGCAUGGACGAGCACGGCUUUGUCUCCCGGAGCUUCACGCGACAGUACAGGCUGCCGGAGGGCGUGCAGACCAGGGACCUGUGCGCGACCCUCUGCCACGAUGGCAUUCUGGUGGUGGAGGCCAAGGACCCGGCUGGGACUCGGUGAAACCUCAGCCGUUCCUGCCCACACGGCACUGAGAUGCCUAUAGUCCAGGCCAUCGUGCCACGGCAAUGAUUGUAAGACCCACGUUUGAAAUGAGUCACUGUGAUUUUUAUGAAGAUUAAAAAUAUGCACACAGUUCCUGGUAUGUUGAGGUUGUCUUUAUUAUUUCUUACUCAGAAAGGAAAAUUGUGAAAUAGGUGUGUGCAGCUCAAGCUGAUGCUGUUCUUACAGCUGAAACGUUGGAAAUUUAAGAGACUGUAGUUUGAUAUAAUUGAUAUAAUAAUUGAUAUGUAAUGAUUGAUAUAAUUUCUUCCUCACUGCAACACCACCAGAGAGACUGCGUUGGUGAUCACCGAUGGCAAAAGAGCCAUACUCAUUUAAAGAAUAUUUUAAUCUAUCUUAUGAAAACAUUUUAUGUUGCUAAAACCAGUUGUGAUUCCCUUCACUUGAUAAGCUUUUCUUUUCAGUGCAUUUUAAUUGAAGUGGUGCUUUGUAAAUAUGGAGCCUGCAAAUUAAAAUAUAGUUCUUGGAAA